AUGGUGAAGACAAGGAAUGGCCCCCGUGACUCCAACGACGCCAGUGGCAGCGAAGAGCAGAUCAAUGGAGCACGUGCCAACGAUGCAUCAAGUGCAGCAGCAAGCACAACAGCAGCAACGGAACCAACAAUUUGGUCCUCCACCACCACCCAGUCCAAACUGUUCGAGUUUCUCCGUGUCAAGCCACCUACUUUCUCAAGCACCACCAACCCAAUGGAGGCCAACGACUGGCUUCAUUGUAUUGAGAAGAAACUGAACCUUUUGCAAUGCAAUGACCGGGAGAAGGUUGCUUUUGCUACACACCAGCUACAAGGUCCUGCUUCUGCUUGGUGGGACAACUACAUGGCAACCCGUCCAGCUGCAACGGAGGUUACUUGGGUGGAGUUUUGUCGAAGCUUCAGGAAGGCACAGGUUCCCGAGGGGAUCGUGGCACAAAAUAAGAGAGAGUUCCAUUCUUUGCAACAAGGGACCAGAACAGUUACAGAGUAUCUUCACGAGUUCAACCGCCUCGCGCGCUACGCCCCUGAGGACGUACACACCGAUGCCGAGAGGCAGGAUAUGUUUUUGUUUGGUCUUGAUGAUGAAUUGACCAACCAGCUGAUCUCCAGAGAUUAUGAGGACUUUGAGAAGCUUGUGGACAAGGCUAUCUGUUAG